AUGAAGACCCUACUGUUCCUCUUCCUCCUCCUCACCGUGUGUCUGAAGUCUUCCGGUGUCCUGGCGAAGACACUGGAGUUCUUCAUCGCAGCAGUGGAAACUAAGUGGGACUAUGUGUUUACUGACAACACAGAUCUUACUGCAAACCAGAGGAAAUUUACAUCUGGUGUCCAGAAAUACAUCAAGGCUGUAUAUACAGAAUACGCUGAUUCCACCUUUACAACACAAAAGUCAAAACCUCCAUGGGCCGGUAUUCAGGGCCCGACCAUCAGAACAGUGGCAAAUGACAGAGUCGUGAUCCAUUUCAAGAACUUUGCUUCGAAGGCUUUCAGUAUUUCCCCCAUCGGCAUUCCGUACUGGAAACAAUCGGAAGGCGCAGGAUAUGUGGACUCCAGUUCUGGCCAGGAGACGGCGGAUGAUGCGGUGCUCCCUGGUGGUUACUACAAGUACGUGUGGGACAUUUCCCCCAACUCUGGACCAACCACGUCAGACCCGGACUGUCUCACCUACAUGUACUCAUCACAGGUGGACAUUGUCCGAGACUUCAACAGCGGACUCGUUGGGGCCCUGCUGAUCUGUAAAGCAGAUGCUCUGACCGAGGAGAGACAGCGGAAUGUUCCGGAGUUCAUUCUGCUGUUUGCUGUCUUUGAUGAGAGCAAGAGCUGGUAUCAGGAGGAGGGCCAAUCAGACAAACCAAAGAAAACAUCCAUCUUGACCCAGUACCACACCAUCAACGGAUACAUUAACUCAACCCUACCAGGAAUAACUGUGUGUCAGAAGAGCCAUAUGGUGUCCUGGCAUCUUAUUGGUCUUGGCUCCACCCCAGAGAUCCACAGCAUCCAGUUUGAAGGUCACACCCUACAAGUGAUGGACCACAGACGGGUCACAGUGGAGAUGACUCCAAUGACCUUUACUACAGCCCUGAUGAAGCUGUCUAAAGCUGGAAUGUUUCUGAUCUCCUGUAAGAUCCACUCGCAUCAGAAAGCUGGCAUGAAUGCAUUCUUCACUGUUGAAAAUUGCCCUGAACCUGUGCCGGCCCCGAGCCCUGACAAACGAAACAUCAAACAUUCUGAUGACGAUGAGGAGGAUGAUGAAGACAACAUGAUAUCUACCAUUUUCCUCAAGUCAGGAGGUCCUAUAUCAGUGCUCCGCUCCAGCGCCAAGGGGCGACCCAAAAUCUGGGUUCACUACAUCAGUGCAGAGGAGAUGGACUGGGACUACUCAUCUCAGAAUGGUGACCGGCCUUCACCAUUAUCUGCAGCAGCAUCUGAGUGGUUCAGGAAAGGUCUUCAGCGUUUGGGGGCGGUGUAUAAGAAGGUGGUGUUUGUGGAGUACACAGAUAAGACAUUCACUGUGAAGAAGACAACUGACCGAAUGCUGAUUGGCCCAGAGCUCAGAGGGGAGGUGGGAGAUAAGUUUCAGAUUGUUUUUAAAAAUAAGGCCAGUCAACCAUUCAACAUUUAUCCAAAUGGUCUGACCAGUGUUCAGCCUUUGAAGAACAUAGAAAAAGACAAGCAGGUAGAUCUCCGUUCUUUGGCCGUUCCUCCAGGGAAGGUCAUGAUGUACCUCUGGAAGCUCACAGCAGAAGAUGGACCCACUGAAUCCGACCCACAAUGCCUCACUCGCAUAUACCAGAGUAUGGUGGAUCCCAUUCGGGAUGUGGCGUCUGGACUCGUGGGACCCCUGAUCGUCUGCAAAUACCGAUCUCUGGACAAGAGAGGCAGAGUGGUAACUUCAGAUAAAGAGAAGAAACUGUUUUUCACUGUGUUUGAUGAGAACCGAAGCUGGUACUUCGAGGAGAACAUUAAAAGAAACCAUGAAGAUCCAACCAAGAUUGACCGCAAUGAUCCAGAGUUCUACAAUUACAAUGUCAUGCACACUGUUAACGGCUUCAUGUUCAACCAGCAACAAUUUAGGAUGUGUGUUGGUGAUGUCAUACUUUGGCAUGUCGCCAGCAUAGGCAUUCAAAGCAACUUCCUGUCAGUGUACUUCACAGGCAACACAUUUGUUAGGGAUAAAACAUACGGCACUGUCCUGACUCUCUUUCCAAUGACCGGAGACACAGUGACUACAGAAUUUGAGAUGCUAGGUGAAUGGGAGGUCAGCGCAUUUGACCCCUCCUUGAAAGAGCGAGGCAUGAGUGUUCGCUACACUGUUGUUAACUGUGAAAGAGUUCCCUCCAUAGUUGACAAUGACGAUUACGAUAACGAAUUCAUGGGUUUAAUCGAAAUGAACUUCCCAAUUCCACGAGGCACAAUGGAAGAGAACCGAACUAUCGCAAUUCGUGUUUGCAGAAACAAAACUGGACAGGUCACCAUAAGCAGUAUCUCGGACAAUGAGAGACAAAACAAAACCCCUGUGUGCGAGAUAAGAUAUAUUCCGAUGAAGCGAGAAAAUGAUCUGGAGUUGUCAUCACUGGGCGAUAUUCCACAGGAUAUUUUGGAUCAACUGGAUAGGGAAAUGGGCGAAAAUUCUUUGCAACAUCAGAAGAGAUCCCACCUCAUCUCUGGGGCUUACAGAAGAAGGCCUGAGUUACCAAAUCGAAUUCUUCCUGAGACCAUGGUACAUAUGGAAACAGACGAAAUAACAGACAAACGUCGAAAUUUCAACAUUGCAAACAUUCCUUCAAAUAAAGAAGAAAAAUACCAAGAGUUGGAUGCAGAUAAACACAAUAAAACAAGUCAAAUCGUUAAAACAACAAAUGACCUAUUUAGAAAAUUAUUUCUGAGAGAUAAAAACAUGUCGACUAAUGUCAGUCAACUUCUCCGUGACUCUUGGGAGGGGUCAGGGGUCGAAAUCGAAAGGAAUCGAAAGGAAAUGUUUAGUGUCACCAAAGAAAGUAAAGUGGAUGUGAAAGUUGCUAAAGUUCUGAGCAACAAUGAAGUUUUUGAAGACUCUGGAAGUUCUGAUGUAAAGAUGGACAAGAUGGAAGAAAGUUUGAAUCUUCUUAGCUAUAACUACAAAGAUCCAAAGAAGUUCCUACCAGACUUUGAUGUUUGGGGACCCAUUUCUAAUUCCUCAGAUAAUCAGACACAUGGGAAAUCACUGUCAAAUGACUACGAUGAUUACAGUGACGAGGGAAGUGUUGUCGGUAUGGAUCAAAAUUCAGAUGAAGGUUUUGAAAUCAGAUCAACACAGUCACGGUUCCGAAGUUAUUACAUUGCCGCAGAGGAAAUCAUGUGGGAUUAUGGGAUUAAUAAACCAGCUCAACUCAAUGAACAUAGAGAGAGGCGCAGAGGAAUGAGAAAUAUUUUCCCAGCCUAUAGGAAAGUGGUAUUCAGAGCCUAUAAGGACAAAGACUUCAAGUACCCAAUGAAACGAGGGGAACUGGACAAGCAUCUUGGCAUUAUGGGUCCUGUGUUGAAGGCAGAGACUAACGAUAUCCUUACUGUGGUUUUCAAAAACCUGGCAUCCAGACCAUACUCCUUCCAUUUGCAUGGGGUGUAUGAUAAGACCCAGGGCAGUUUUGUUCCUGGAAUGGGCCCAGAAGGGUUCAAGGGUGAGGAUGUACCAGGUGAUCCAGUCCCGCAAGGGCGGGAGAGAGUUUAUAACUGGAGAAUCUCCAAACGGCAAGGUCCAUCAGCAUCAGACUUUGAUUGUAAGGCUGGGGCCUACUACUCCAACAUCAACAUGGAGAAGGACAUAAACUCUGGUCUCAUCGGUCCGUUGCUGAUAUGUCGUCCCGGUACCCUCGAUCAACAUGUGUUACUACAGCCCAGAAUAACGGAUUUCUUCCUUCUCUUCACCACCUUUGAUGAAAGGAAGAGUUGGUACCUGGAAUACAACAUCAAAAAGUUUUGCACCCCACCCUGCCAAGCCAAAGAAGAUGAUCCAUCGUUUGCAGUUAGCAACAAGUUUGCCGCAAUCAAUGGCUAUGUGGCAGAGACUCUUCCCGGCCUGAUGAUUGGACAGUAUCAGACGGCUCGCUGGCACCUCCUCAACGUUGGGAGUCAAGGCGAGUUUCACGCUGUUCACUUCCACGGACUGCCGCUCAGUGUUGGAAAAGACCAGAAACACAGAAUGGGAAUCUUCAAUCUCUAUCCUGGCGUGUUUGGGACAGUGGAGAUGAGGCCAACCAUUGUGGGCACCUGGUUAAUAGAGUGCACUAUAGGAGAAUAUCAGCUGGCUGGCAUGAGAGCCAAACUACUGGUCUACAACCCAAGUUGUGUUCAGCCGUUAGGAAUGCAAUCAGGAUGGAUUAGGAAUAAUCAAAUAACAGCCUCUGACCAAUACGGUGACUGGAAGCCCAGUUUAGCCCGACUGGAGUUGUCUGGAUCUGUUAAUGCCUGGAAGGGCAGCAACCAAAGCUCUUGGCUCCAGGUGGAUCUGUUAAAGCCCAAGCUCCUUCAUGGGGUUCAGACUCAAGGUGCGAAGACCUCCAUGGGUUUGCGCGAGUUCUUCACUGUAUUGUACAGCAUCAGUUACAGCACAGACCAGGAGAACUGGACCACUUACAGAGGAAACAGCACCAAAUCAUAUUACACAUUCCGUGGAAACAUGGACGCCUCCAGAGUUAAAGAGAACAGGUUUUCUCCACCUAUAAUGGGGCGUUAUAUCCGGAUUAAUCCACUGACCUUUCAAAAACAGCCCACUCUGAGAAUCGAACUGCUGGGAUGUGACCUAAAUAGUUGUUCCAUGCCAUUGGGAAUGCAGCGUGGGUCGAUUCCCAGAGCUAGCAUCAGCGCAUCAUCAUUCCUGAACAAUUGGCUACUCUCAUGGAGUCCAGACCUCGCUCGACUCCACCAGGAAGGGCGUGCAAAUGCAUGGAGACCCAAGUCUAAUAACCCUCAUGAGUGGUUACAGGUGGACUUUAUGUAUAUGAAGCGAGUGACAGGUGUGGUGACGCAGGGUGCUCGAUCUGUGCUCAUACAAAUGAUGGUUACUGAAUUUACUGUCUCCAUUAGCGACGACGGCCACAGAUGGACCAGUGUGAAGGAACAAGACACGGAUCAAGAGAAGAUCUUUAAAGGAAACAGAGAACAUAAUGAGGAAGCCCUGAACGAGUUUGAUCCCCCGUUUACCCGCUUUAUACGGAUUCACCCAAAACACUGGGUCAACGACAUUGCCCUGCGGGUGGAGUUUUUGGGCUGUGAUACUCAACCAAUGGUUUGAGAGAGAGAUAGAGAGUUACUGUAUGUAAAUGAAGAGAGAGAGAGAGAGAGUGAGAGAGAGAGAGAGAGAGAGAGAGAGAGAGAGAGAGAGAGAGAGAGAGAGUGAGAGUGUGAGUCCUUAACCUAGCAUUAAGCGCUACUAUUUAUUUGUACAUCAUAUUUAAAAACAGAGUUUUGUCCGAACCAUGAGCUGCCAUGCUACUUUCUACAUAGGCAACAACCUUCUAAGGAACUACAUAAGUGACUGAAUCAAUUAGCAACUUACUCCAAAAUACUCCAUUUUCAAUUGGAUUGAACCAUUAUUUUAGUCUAUAAUUUGAAAAAUUGUCAUUUCCUUCAAACUUUUACCUUCCCCAUGAAGGACACAUGCUAUACUUUGCUAGUUUGGAUAAAAUAAUAUAUCUCCUAAAGCAGCUUUUUGUUGUUGUUGUUGUUGUUGCUCACUAUGAUGCCUAAAAAUGCUGUCUUUGUAGGUAGUUCACUUUUUAACACUACAUAUGCUUUUGUUGUGAUAUGCAAAACAUGGUGAUAUGAUUAUUUAAGAGUUGCUAAAGAACCUGUUAUGAACGGUUGUAAGGUAUUAGAGAUGUAAGUGUUUUAAAGGUGCACUCAGACAACUAGCGGUGCAGAUGCAGCAUCAUUCAAAAUCAAUAGUUUCAGUUUCAGAUGCCAUUUGUAGAAAUUCACUAUUCCCAAUCAGCCAUGAUUCAUUCAACUCAACAGUGAAAGUGUCCAAUAAAUGAGUGGUUACUGAGAUUAAGCAAGUAGUAGUCAACUGGUCAUGUGAUUCAAACAUGGCCGCCCCCAUGAGGAGACCCUCUACAUGUAGAUUUAAACAGCUUUUACAAGGUUACUGACAUCACUAGCGUCCUAAUCUUGCUUCAGUCAUCGUAAUUAUAUACACAUAUUCAGUGCACCUUUAAUAACUUAUAAGAUAUAAGUGAUAGUUUGAUCAGUAUGCUGCUCUUUGUUUCAGUACAUGAACGCUUGCAUAUCAAUAGAGGUUUCCCACCUAAUGGAAGAGGGCUUUUAUGGUAACCAGCAGUUUGUAUACUGGUCUGCAGUAACUACUGAAUCUGUGAUACUGUAUGCUGUAUUUUUGUAUUAUGCACUGUGAAACAGUUUUACUAUUUACUAUGAGACUAUUUUAUAAAAUAUUUAAAGUGUUCAAUUGUGGCAAUA